UAGCCCCACCCUUGCCCCCCUUCCUUCUGCAUUAACAUAUCUCUCUGCACUAACUUAUAAUUUUCUUCUUCAUUAGUUUAUCUUCUCUUUGUUUGUUUUCUGAAAAAGUAAAAAUUAAAUAAAAAAAUCAAUAUGAGCAACAUAAGCAUGGUGGAGGCAAAGUUGCCACCUGGGUUUCGGUUUCAUCCGAAAGAUGAAGAACUGGUUUGUGAUUACUUGAUCAAGAAGAUUAAUCACUGUGACACUCUUCUCUUGAUUGAAGUUGACCUCAACAAGUGUGAGCCUUGGGAUAUUCCUGAAAGUGCACGUGUUGGAGGAAAGGAGUGGUAUUUUUACAGCCAGCGCGAUAGAAAAUAUGCAACAGGUGUAAGAACAAAUCGAGCGACGGCAUCUGGGUAUUGGAAAGCCACAGGGAAAGAUAGAGCGAUCAGGCGAAAAGGCAGGUUGGUUGGGAUGAGAAAAACUUUGGUUUUCUACCAAGGGAGAGCUCCUAAAGGAAGAAAAACUGAUUGGGUUAUGCAUGAGUUCAGGCUUGAAGGACCCUCUGCCCCUCCUACACUUUCUUCUCCCAAGGAAGAUUGGGUCCUGUGUCGAAUGUCCUACAAAAAUAGAGGUCAAGUUGGCGCCCAACCGAUAACCAUGGCCAUGGAAACAAGAGCAAACUGCAGUUAUGGUGACACAUGCUCUUCAUCUCUCCCUUUAUUAAUGGAAUCUUACAUCACUUUUGACCAAAUUCAACCAAAUAACAGUCUAAAUCGCUGUGAUCAGCAAGUGUCCUGCUUCUCCAUUUUCUCCCCAAACCAAAUUGCCAACCCCAUUUUCUCUCAUCAUUUUGAACCAAACAAUGCCAACAUUGUUUCUAAUUCCCAAUCUGGCCAAAUAUUUCCAGCUUUAGAGUCCUUAUAUUCCUGUGACAAUAACGAUAAGGUAAUUAAAGCCGUUUUGAACCAGCUUACCAUAUUUGAAGGCAAUAUUAAUGAUAAUAUAAAAGGAUCAUCUAGCUCAGAAAGCUUGUUAUCUGAAGUGGGUAUGCCCAACAUGUGGAAUAAUAGCCAUUAUUAAUUUAUGAUGUAUUUAGGCUGUGAAAUAUUAUAGAAAAUGGAGCAUGUAUGUACCUCCAUCUUCAUGAAAACUUGUGAAGGAAUCAUAGUCUAGUAUAUUUACAUAUACAUUGUUCCCCAAUGUUAGAAUAUUUUUAUGAAAUUUUAAAUUUGCCCAUCUUUCAA